AUGGAAGUCGCUGUGGACCUCAUGCAGGUCCGCUCGACCACGGUCCCGAGGCGGGCGGUGGAGAAUCUCGGCUACCGUGCGCCCCACGAGCGAAAGUUGCUCGCGAACCCCUUCGCGCACAAAGCGGAAGAUGACAAGACCAAGCACGUGCCGCGUGUUUUUGCAAAGGAACGGAAGUUCUGUCACUUUAAGUGCAAGGGGCGAAAGCAAACGAUUACGAUAAACUUGACGCAGCAGAAGAAUGAGAAAGAGUUCAACGACGCGCUUCUCAUGUCAGGCCACGGCGCGGCGAGGUGCAACAACGCGCUGAUUCGGAAUUUCCACCACACGGCGUACCACGCCAACGGGAAGGAGUACAAAAACGGCUGCAAGAAGUACCCGGCGGAUUUCAAGCCGCACGGCUUCAUGCGAGGAGUCCGGUUCAUUUGCAAGAACGACGUGGAGAAGGUGAAGUGGUGGGCGGUGACCGUGGACCCAGCGGCGCGGGUGAGCGUCGACGGCCGGCUGUUGACGGAGUUGCACCGGACGCACAGUAAGUACAAGGGGGGUGCGUUUUUCUACCCGGCCUGGAUCCAGUUCGACACGAACGUGACGGAUAAAACACUGCCUUUGCCCGCCCCGAAAAAGAUAAGUCCGAAGCCCAAGCCGAAGCCGAAACAUUUUGCAAAACCUGGACCGCCGAAGCCAAAACCGCACGGAGGUCAUCAAGAAGAACAUCAUCGCCAGUUGCUAGCAGGGCCGUAUGAUAAUGCGCCGGCUCCGCCCGAGCCAAAGGUGCUGCCCUUCGGCACCAUCGUUUCUCAGUCGGUGGCGACCAUUUGCGGCUACGAGGGCGAGGAAUACCAGGUGGCAAUCCAGAAGGGAACGGAUCUGAAGCUGGAACUGGUCAACGUGGUGGUGGAACAGGGCAAGGACUGCACGGUAGCGCGGAAUCCCGUCAUCUACUGGCAGUACGACGUGGUCUGCCCCAUGUCCACGAAGUGGGUCAGCGUCCGGCCGCGGAUGCGCGAUCUGUCGGUUCUGAUGCGCGUGGACGGCAUGGCCUGGACCCCCGGCGAGC